AUGGCGAACUCCUACACUCUCUUGGAUGAUUUGAAGGCAGGACGUUGCUCUAAGAAGGCGGAAGUCACACUACUUUGGUUUUGGGAGGCGAGGAACACCAGCAGGAACAGCAGCCGAUCCGGAGAGCUGAUGAGUCUUAACAUGUUGCUGAUUGAUGAGAACGCAACGCUGAUGCAAGCAUCCAUUGCCGCGGUUCGACAGCUCAGAUUCAGGCAGAGUCUCACCGAAGGUUCUGUCUACCGUCUAACCGGUUUUGAUGUCACUCGGAGGAACCCAAAAUACCGGUUAUCUGAUGCAACCCUCUCCAUACGGUUCACUGAUGGUACUUCUUUUGAGAAGCUUAAUACGACCGUUGGGACCAUACCCACCAAGCUCUUGAUGAUCACUUUAAGGCUGGACAGAGACGUCAACGUGUGUGUAAGCAUGUUUGAUUCCCAGGCUCUUGGAUUCCAUAGCCGUUUGGAUAGACUAUCAGGUGGUGUGACAAACCAGAUUGGGUCUUCAUCAAAAGUGGUUCACUCACAGAAAAUUGAACCUCUUACUGUUGCUGAGUUUAACCAGUUUGUUAUCACUGCUGAUCCUCAAAUCAUUGAAUUCCUCUGUACAGCCAAAGUGACAAAGAUCCAGAAAGAUGAGGGUUGGUGCUAUAUCGGCUGCUCCAAACGUUCAAAGAAACUAAUCCGAGAGGAAAAUUCUUUCACAUGUGUACACUGCAAUGAAAGCAAUGCUGUCGCGGAACUCAGGUACCAGGUGAUACUUUCUGUGUCAGACGCCAGUGACACAGCUUCACUCCUCGGUUUUGAUACGGAAAUUGCUAAGCUAAUGCUCAUUCAAGCUUCUGAGGCUGCUCAGGUUGUGGGGAUAGGUGUUAAUACUCAAGUUGACACUGAGUUGCCUGGAUCACUUGCUGUUGUCGAAGGUUUACAGGUCCCACAGUCAUCACUUCCUGGAGCUCUUGAACCAGGAACAUUCGACACGUCGACUAACCCUAGCAAGGUUGCCAAGGAAUCAAGUACAAGUGAAGGCGUGGCGACCGAUGGUUUACCAGCACCCAAAGAACCAUCUGCCCUGGAUGAGAAGGCGUUGAAGAAGGCACGAGUGGAAUGA